AUGGAUCCACUCGCGACAGCACAGAUCCACGCUUCCGUCAACUCCGAAGCUCCCACGGGAGCAAACGAUUCCGCUCCAACCGGAGCAGUUCCUACGGGAGCACCACAAACCGGAUCUGAAUCAGAUCACGUUGAUCUCAACCCUGAUGCAUCAACAGAUCCAGCCACCGGCGAACCUGCGCCAACAGGACGAGCUCCCGGUGCGAACGCAUCAACAGCUCGUACCAGAUCGGGUAACUUGAACCCGAACGCUGACAGCUCCAUCGGGGGUAACCCAUACACCUGGGUGCGAGCAGAAGGCCGAUCUAACGAUCACAUGCACUUCAACUGGCCGCGCCGCCCUAGAACGAAUUCGUUCGGACAAACAAGAACCGAUCCGAACGAAACAACAGAAAUUCGAAGGAUGCUCGAUCUCCUGCUUGAGAAAACUCAGAAUCAGGAAGCAGCCGUCCAGGCAUUGAUCCAACAUCCAUCGAAGCCCAACUCGUAA